AAGAUAGAUCUGGGCCGAUUCCGGCUCAGGUUCGGCAGUGUCGGCUGUCUGUCGGCUCGGCACCCCGCAUCUGGCCCGAUUAUGGCUGCAUGUCGGCACUAUCGGCUGACUGAGACUCGGCGGAAUUGCGGCACCCCGCAUCUGGCCCGAUUAUGGCUGCAUGUCGGCACUAUCGGCUGACUGAGACUCGGCGGAAUUGCGGCACCCCGCAUCUGGCCCGAUUAUGGCUGCAUGUCGGCACUAUCGGCUGACUGAGACUCGGCGGAAUUGCGGCACCCCGCAUCUGGCCCGAUUAUGGCUGCAUGUCGGCACUAUCGGCUGACUGAGACUCAAAGCAACUUUUUUUUAAACCAAUAUAAUAGUUGUAUAUGUAUGUAUACCAUUAUUUUACAGUCGCUUGAUAAGCUUGUUUGACUUGAACCAGAUGUCCGUAAGCAAUGAUAACUGACAAGUGAUUUUUAACUAUUACCUUAAUGUUAAUACGUACAUGGUGGUGAGAGAUCAGUUCACUACUUCAACAUGAAAGGUUCCCUGUACGCAUGCGUGAGGAGCCUCGCGCACUUAGUUCAGUUUAAAUAGGAAAACCGUUAUUUUUUACACUGACACUGAGGAUUUCAAGCUGUAUGCUUUUCGUGAUGCCACUCCUGCUGCCUGAGUGAAUCAAUAAACCAUUUCUAACCAGAAUUACAGACCAGUGUCAGGAGGCAGGAGAUCAGCAGUCAAUUAUGGCAGGACAAAACAUUUUUAUAAUAAAUAAAAAUACUUGAAUAAAAUAUUGAAAAAUGUGUUUUGGUGUACAUUUGUUUUUUUCUGUUACUGUUUUAAUUGUACUCUAUUAUUAUUAUUACAUAUAAUUAUAAUAAAGUAUAUAUAUAUUACAGAGUAUUUUCAUAGCAAUAAGAAGCAAGAACAGUUGUAGUAGUCCCAGUGACCAUUAAAGGUUACAUAUGGCUGGGGAAAGCCUAUUAAAAAUCUACUGCAGGCCAGAACUGGGCCAUUAUUGGCCCGAUAAUGAUUGUUCUGGCUAGCAGGUGGUUAAGUGCUGGCAUAUUGCUGGCAGUCAUGGCUGGGAUCCGGGCAGCCGUAUACGGGCCACAAUCUAACCGUCAUUCAUUUUGACACCGGGCCAGAUCCGGCUGCCGGAUGUGGGCCGACACAAAAAGUUCCGGCAUGCCGGAUAUGGCCCAGAACUGGGCCAUACAUUUUUUGCUAGCUGGGUAGCUGCAGCAGCUCUUGUCUACGGGAUUAGUGGCUAAAUCAAGCGUGAAUGAGUGAGAGAUGUUCUGACUACAACACAGCUAGAGCACACAAGCUGCUAAAGCUGCACACUCUCUCUCUCUCUCUCUCUCUCUCUCUCUCUCACACACACACUAGGAUUUACAUCCAGUCUGGGCAGGAGAAGCCGGAUCGCUUGUUUCUCUACUUGCUUACACGCGUAUUUAUUUACGUUGUACUGCUGCACCCUUGCGCUGACAUGGCCAAGGGAAACGACAAAUCAGCCAACAGCUCCUGGAAAAAGCAGGUGGAUGAUAUUAAGAAAAUCUUCGACUUUAAGGAGAUCCUGGGAACAGGAGCGUUUUCAGAAGUGGUUCUUGCUCAGGAGAGGACCUCUGCCAAGAUGUACGCUGUUAAAUGCAUUCCUAAAAAAGCUUUGAGAGGAAAAGAAAGUGGCAUCGAGAAUGAAAUUGCUGUACUCAGGAAGAUAAAGCACGAGAACAUUGUGGCUCUUGAGGACAUCUAUGAAAGCCCCAGCCAUCUGUACCUCAUCAUGCAACUUGUGUCUGGAGGUGAAUUGUUUGAUCGAAUUGUGGAGAAAGGCUUUUACACUGAAAAAGAUGCCAGUGCUUUAAUAAAACAAGUUCUGGAUGCAGUCAACUACCUCCACUCAUUAGGCAUCGUUCACAGAGACCUCAAGCCAGAGAAUUUGUUAUAUGUUAAUCCUCAUGAUCAGUCUAAAAUAAUGAUUAGCGACUUCGGCCUGUCCAAGAUGGAGGGAGCAGCAAACGACAUCAUGUCAACAGCCUGUGGGACUCCGGGAUAUGUUGCUCCAGAAGUGCUGGCACAGAAGCCCUACAGUAAAGCAGUAGACUGCUGGUCUAUUGGAGUUAUUUCAUAUAUAUUAUUGUGUGGCUAUCCUCCUUUCUAUGAUGAGAAUGACUCCAAGCUGUUUGAGCAGAUCCUUAAGACUGAGUAUGAGUUUGACUCACCGUACUGGGAUGAUAUCUCAGAUUCUGCUAAACAUUUCAUCAGUAAUCUUAUGCAGAAGGAUCCAGAGAAGAGGUUUACAUGUGAUGAGGCUCUUCGACAUCCCUGGAUAGCUGGAGACACUGCUCUUUGUAAAAAUAUUCAUGAGUCAGUCAGUCGGCAGAUAAAGAAGAACUUUGCAAAGGCUAAAUGGAAGCAAGCCUUUAAUGCUACAGCAGUGAUUCGUCAUAUGAAGCGGUUGCAGCUGGGUAGCAGUUUGGGCAGCAGCAUAGACGCCACAGUGCAUAGAAAUGAGAACCAAUCAGCCAUGGCUGUCAAGAGCCAGUCUAUUGAUGUACCCUCCAUCAAUCACAAAGACUAUAUGUCUCAGAAGGAUUUGAACACUGGGGUCAUGGAGAAGCGAUGUGCACGGCCGUCCACCGUCACCACUAUCAUAACCGGAUCCAAGUGAUCUCAGAGAGUGAAUACCCUUUCUUCUACCCUGGUCUCUUCUUGCCUCUUCAUGCGCCUUGUUCAGUCAUUGUUGUACCAGCCGCCAGUGAAGAGCACACUCUUCUCCACAACGGUAACUGAUGGCACCAUGUCUUACAUGAGGAGUUGGUACUGAAAGACUUUUUGAUGUUAUUUAUCAGUACUCCUGCUAAGGGCAUAAGUGGUGUGACUUGGAUUGGGCUGUGUGACUCUUUCAUGAAGUUAUGCACUAUGGAGUUAAUGGACUGUUCAGAGCUGAAUUUAGAUUGAAAAUAUUAAUAAAGCAUAGGGUAGAUUGGAAAUAUAAAUACACCAUAGGAUAGAGGAAUUGUAUAGAAUUCUUUAUUCAUGAUCUGUGCUUCAUUUUUGCUGGUCCUUAGUUUGGUACAUUCUGCUCCUGGGUUUGAUGUAUUAUGAGUGGGUGAUAAAAUUAUGUAACAUUCAAAUAUCCAAAAAAUCUAAAUGUAACCUAGAUCCUGUGCAGCUAGUUUAUUUUUGAUGGUUUUACCUACAUUUUUGUGAGAGGUCAAUUAAACAACUGCAGUGUACGUACUGUUUUUAAAAUGUUGUCAGUGUUGUGCUCAGAUUCGUGUGAUUGUAGUGAAAUUAUUCCACUCAAAUACCAAUUUCUAAA